AUGGCUUUGACCAUAGCAAUGAUCCUUCUGUUCCAGACGACCAUUGGAAUCCUUGGGAAUUUCUCACUCAUAUUGCACUACAUCUUCCUUCAUUUCAGUGGAUGCAGGUCCAAGCCCACAGACUUGAUUCUCACGCAUCUGACUGUCGCCAACUCCUUAGCCAUUCUCUGUAAAGGGAUCCCUGAGACAAUGCUUGCCUUUGGUUUAACAUGUCACGUCAACAAAGUUGGCUGUCACUCCUUUUCAUUUCUCGAUAGAGUGGGCAGGGGUGUCUCUGUUUGCACCACCUGCCUCUUGAGUGUCUUCCAGGUCAUCACCAUCAACCCUCUGCACUCCAGGUGGGCAGGGCUUAAACUAAAAGUUUUCAAGUACAUUGGUCCUUGUAAUAUCAUGAACUGGAUACUGCACAUGAUGGUAAAUGCCAUUUUCCCUAUUUAUGCGUCUACAAAAUGGAUCAACAAGACCAUUGCAAAGGAAAACAUGUCCAAAUGCUGUACUAGGAAUUAUGACAAUGUCACGUUCUCACUCUAUGUGACAUUCAUAUCUUUCCACGAUGUUUUGUGCUUGGGAUUCAUGUCCUGGGCCAGUGCCUCCGUGGUUUUCAUCCUGUACAAACAUAAACAACAAGUGCAACAUAUUUAUAACCAUAAAAUAACCCCCAGAUCCUCAGCUGAGACCAGAGCCACCAAAAAAUCUUAA